UGACCUGACCUGACCACUGGCUGCUGUACACCAGAGGGUUGACCCUUCGCUGCAACUCUCAUCACCGGGGCUGGAAUGAAGCCCAAUGUUUGUUGUGUUCUGUCCGCAAUCUGCUUCCUGCUGUGUAAUUCCGUGGGCAGCCACGCCAUCCAAUGGCUGGCUCUGGCCACUGUUGGCCCCUCCAUCCCCUUCAACCAGACUCAGAACUGCAAACACCUGGAGGGUCUGGUGUCUGCGCAGGUGCAGCUGUGCCGCAGUAACCUGGACCUGAUGCACAGUGUGGUCCAGGCCGCCCGCCACGUCAGGACAACCUGUCGCAAAACCUUCUCCGACAUGAGGUGGAAUUGCUCCUCUAUCGAGCUGGCUCCCAAGUUCAAACCCGACCUGGAGAGAGGCACACGGGAAUCGGCCUUUGUCUACGCGCUCUCCGCGGCCUCCAUCAGCCACACGAUUGCGAGGGCCUGCACCACGGGGGAGCUGAGGGGCUGCUCCUGUGGCCCCAUCACCUCCGAGCUACAGGGGGCCGGAUACCGUUGGGGGGGGUGCGGAGACAACCUCAACUAUGGCCUCCUCAUGGGCUCCAAGUUCCUCGAUUCUCCCAUGAAGGUCAAGCGGUCGGGAUCGCAGGCCAAGCUGAUGAACCUCAUGAACCUGCACAACAGUGAGGUCGGCCGACAGUUGCUGAGCGCGGCUGUGGAGAUCAAGUGCAAGUGCCACGGUGUGUCUGGGUCAUGCUCGGUGAGGACGUGCUGGCAGGGGCUGCAGGAGCUGAGCCUGGUGGCCGCUGACCUGAAGGUCCGGUACCUGUCGGCCACCAAAGUCGUCCAUCGCCCGGUUGGAACCCGCAAACAGCUGGUGCCCAAAGACAUCGACGUGCGGCCAGUAACUGACACUGAGCUCGUUUACCUGCACAGCUCGUCCGACUUCUGCUCCAGGAACGAAAAGAUGGGAUCGUCUGGGACCCAAGAGAGACAGUGUAACAAGACGUCUAAUGGCAGUGACAGCUGUGAUCUGAUGUGCUGUGGGCGGGGUUAUAACCCUUAUACAGAGACACUGGUGGAGAGAUGUCACUGCAAAUACCACUGGUGCUGCUACGUCACGUGUAAGAGGUGUGAGCGGGUGGUGGAGCGCUACGUGUGCAAGUAAGAUGGGAA